AUGGCUUGUGACUCUGCUGAUGCUGAGAUCACGGCUCUGGUAGAAGCCCUUAACCCAACUCUGGAUGAAAUACAAAAAAACUUUAGGAACGGCAAUGGAAUCAUAGCCUUACAAUACUAUGACAUGCUUCUUGCGUUACCUGACCUGCACUUACUAGCUGGAAUGAUCCAAGAAAUUCAUUCAGAAAUGAAACUAAUCGAGGCGCUGGAGAAAUCUGUGAAUGUGUUGGACCCAAUAUUCUUAUCACGACGUCUGAAAGCCGGUAGAAACGCCCCAAGCAGUGAUUUUAGAGCAUCCCAGUUGCGACAAAUGGUGGAUCCUGAGGCCAUCUCUGACGGGGAAAUAAAUAUCUCUCAAAGGGCGUACACCCUCUAUGAAAUAGAGCAUGACUUGGAGUAUGCGUGGGCUCUCAGCUUAAUUACCGUACUUCAGAAAGCGCCAAAUGAGGAGGAACAUCACCAAGAAAUUGUAGAUGAUUUUGAAGGGCUAUUCGAGCAUUCCUCGGAGCUCUUGCGUGCAAUAAAACUUAAAUCCUCCUGCGCAAUGGAUACAAUUAUCAAGUAUCACACGCGCGAAGGGCAAGCCACCUCCGCCGUGCUGGUGGCCGCAUUGCUUAAAUAUCAACCAGAGGAUAGCUUGACGCUUACCGAGCUCAUCGAAUACGCUAAGGGUAUCAACGUCUCCAUCACACCUCGUGUAGCCGGUCUUCUGGAGAGAAGCUUCGUGAAGUGCAUGAAAAAGGAGGAUGCUGAGGUGGUCUUUGAGCGUUACAUUGGCGUGGGUUUGAUCCCUCUCUCCACUCGCAUGUUUGCCUUCAUUUUUAAUUCUAAAACACUCAAGAAGAGAUCCGUGCUGGACUACUACGAACUCAUGCUGGACUACGGUAUUCCACCGGAGCCAUCGUUACUUCGUAUACUAUGCAAGCAAUGCUGUAACAUGAUGUUUCCGAGUAUGCAUUUCACUCAGUGCUUCAGAAGAAACUCACCAGGCAGUACUGCAUUAAAUAUCAAAGCCCCUACUCCCUACGAUCAGGAUGUUUCGAAGUGUGCACUUGAGGGCACGGCAACGGAAAGCACCCAGGAAUCACUUCGCAGAGACGAACGGUCGUACUUUGGAUGGCGGCUUCGCGAACUAGCGACUGAAGCCGAAAAUAGAAAUGAAGUUAUUCCACUCAUGGAAGGAAUGAAAAUUGUUCAUCGUGCAGAGGUUGAGGGCACCUCACUCGAGAAUGACUCUAUAAUUAUUUCUGAACUUUUGACAUUUUGUUGCAAUGGAACAACGCCACUCAAGGACUUGGUGUACCCCUUCAAGGAUUCCUUGGCGUACGGCCCAGGCAAGGUAACAUUAGCGGACGAUAAGUGCAACAUCAGUAUCAGCAUGGCAGAUGCUGAAGAAAUGUCAGAGCAUUCUGUCAGUCGACCCUCACUUCAAGAAGUAAAUGCCUUUAACUUUGAGCUGGACAACAAUGAAGGAGAGCUUUUGGAGGGUGACACGGUCCCCAGCACCAACUGUUCAAUUACCUCGAGUACCUUGAAGAAUUCCAAGCUACCCGCGGAACAGGCGGCCGAAAAGCACUCAGAAAGCAAGGACCGUAAGGGCGGUCGGCGCCUCCCAGGCAUCGCUACGGCCGAGGAGGAGGCGGAGUACGUGCUCCGUGUCCUAAUUGAGUAUGGCGCCAGGCUGGAUAAUGAAGUUCUCAGGGGACUUCACUCUCGAAAUAGGUACCACAUGCGCAGGGACCCUGCUGUGAUGCUGCUCGCUGCAGAAGCUGUCUUUGAUUUCGGGCAGAAAUCUCGCGGCGCGAUGGAAUCAGUGAGUUGCCAUUACUGCAACUUUCCGGUAAGCGAGUUCGCACGGCAGCGGAAUCGGCAUCGCCUCGGACGCCUACUGCGCAUCUUUGUCGAGCAGUACUACACCUACACUGAGGUCUUUCACACAAACUGGGAUUUCGAGACUAAGAGCAGUACUGAACGAAACACUCGGAACUUCAGGGUACUCUUGAUCUCGGCGAUGAGGAUUGGACCACUGGAUUGGUCGCUUGGGCUCCUCGUUCUAUUGCUAUUCCACACCCCAAAUGUGGUUUCGAAUAGCGCGAGGGCGCGACUUUACCAAGUUCGUACCACCGAAAGCCAUCGCUCCCCACAUGGUGAGGUCUUGGAUCUGUUAGAGCGAUGUUACUGGGAACGCAACCGAAUUCUAUGCUGCGAUAGGCUGAUGCUCGAAACGCACGAGCUAGCAGAGACCAACGGUAAUACCAAUGAAGUCGACCCUGGCGCGAAGAAGCGCUCCGGUGCCUCACAGGCGCAGGAGUCAAGCUCGUACAAUAACUCACACUCAACCGAAACCCACCCUACUCUCUUUACGUACCUGCACACUGUUCUGAGGGAACUGAAUGUAAGUCGGGAGGCAACAAAUUUCUACAAGCAAACGCUUCUAAAACAGCGGCAGAUACUGCUAUCCUCAAAACGACCUCGAAGAUCUUGA